UGCCCUGCCGCUAGGCUUGCAUUCUUAGUGCUAUCGAUUGUGGAUCGCGGGGCGAUAUUUCUCAAAGCGAUAUGUGGGGGUGCAUGUGCACUGACAUAAACAACAGAACAACAACAAUGCUGCAAUCCAAUCGUGUGCUGCAGCGCGAACAAGUUGAGCUCCUUGCUAUUGAAAAGAAGCUGCUUAAGGUGGUGCCUGUUAUCCAGGAGGCCUUAAAUUCGCUAAAGGUGGAGGAACUGCAUCUGAAAUCCUUGGGACUGGAGCGUACCAUCGAGUCACAGCGAGUUGUGCCUGCCCAUCGCACACGUUUUGAUAUGAAUGGACCUCCUGCUGCCAUGCAACCGGAUCAAAUUAACCAGCAGAAAAUCGAUUUGGACCUCUUUAUAAACAAGUUGGAAGGCGGUGAGGAAUUGGAUUCGGAUUGAGAUUCGAUAGCUAAAAUGUUUAUUCGUGGUUCUUGUUUCCUGGCGAUGAAUCUGCCAGUUCACACAGACCAUACGUGUACAUAUGUACUUCGGAACUUAAAUAAACACAUCUUUCGUGCACUUAAAUACGUGUACAAUUAAA